UAUGGCCAUCAAUCUCUAACGAGCCAUUAUCGGAAGGUUUAGAUGUAUCAUGUGAAGAAGAUUCUUGUGAAGACUCUGAAAAAUCUUUUCAUAAAAAACUUUCAAGUCCGAAAAAUACACCUGAAAUUAUUGUGGAUGAAUUAUUAAAUUUACUAAACAAACAACUUGAUUACGAAAGAAAUAUCUUGACUAUUGGCAGAUCGCUACAAUCAUAUUAUCAACAGAACACCCCAGAUUCUUUCGAUGCUUAUAAGUUUUAUACUUUUUUACACAAUUCUAAAGACAAAAUUCAAUAUUCGACACUCUUAGGAUUUUUAUAUUAUACUGGUUGUAUAAUAGAUAAAAAUUUAGAGUUUGCAGCAAAAUUUUUCAAAGACGCUCUAUUAUAUAUUCAUGGCGGGUUAUUUGGUCAUUCACAGGAAUUUGUUCUUGGGCGAAAAGAAGUAGCACAGCAGAUUGGUUGGAUUGCGUUGGCAGUGGCUAGUUUUACUUGUGGUUGGUUGGCAUUGUCAAGCAUUUUGGAUUUAUAA